UACCAGAAAAACAACAUCGAUGAUAAUAUAAAAUCGGUACUCAAAAGAAUGUGCAGACACGCAUUAUUGUCGUCCUUUCAUAAUACGAAAAAUAUGCACGCAGAUAAUUGGCUUUAUGAAACAACGUUUUGUUUUCAUUUAAACAUGUUACCGAUCGGAACAUGAUCAUGAGAAACUGAAAGUAGAAUACACUUCAGAAGCGGCUACCCGCGAAAAUCGACUGAGGGGAGUACAUAUAAGAACACAGGAUGAGUUGUUUCAAAGGGCGAAUGAGUGAAUACAGGAGCAUAUCUCUUGACAGAUUUGAUGGACCUAAUUUGAAUUCGACCGUGUAUUUUCUAUCCCACCUUCAUGAAGAUCACACUGUUGGGUUAAGUGCACCCAGUUUCAUAACAAGACUUAAAGAAAGCUCUGAAAUUUUCCUCUACUGUUCUGAGAUAACUAAAGUUCUGCUUGCUGAAAGUCCAAAAUAUCAACAUCUGGAAAGAUAUAUUAAAACUCUGCCUGAUAGUCAUCCUGUGACAAUAUCUAUCCCACCAACACAUGCAUGUAAGGUUGAUUUUGUUCAAGUGACACUUCUACCAGCUGCUCAUUGCCCAGGCUCUGUUAUGUUCCUGUUUGAGGGGUCAGAGGGCACCGUUCUGUAUACUGGAGAUUUCCGUUGGGAGGCCAGUCACAUCUCUAAUGUUGCUGCACUUCAUGAUGGGGACAGUGUAAAACCCAUCCAGAGCCUCUAUGUGGACACUACCUUUUGCCAUCCAGACUGCUUCCAUAUCCCAAGUCGUCAGGACUGCGUGGAGGCUGUCAGUGGACUGGUCAAAGAGUGGAUAGCCAAGGGUCAUGGCCAUGUGGUCCAUUUCACGCCAAGGUCUAAUUUUGGACAUGAACACCUCCUAAAGGAAAUCUCCACCAGAACGAGCCUAAAGAUCCAUGUGUCAAAUGCCAAAGUGAGAUUAUACGAACAGAUCUGUGGCCUUAGGGGUGUAUUUACCUCCGACCCUGACGAGACACCAAUCCACGCUUGUCUGAGGGAGAAGUUUACAAAAGGUGACUCGAACUCCCUGCCCUGUGGCUACAAAGCUCCCAAACAUUCCAAAAUCAACAAGAUGGUAAUUCUUCCUUCUACCAUGUACUUCACUAAGAAGAUGCGUUUGAACCUCUCUAACAUUGUGGAGAAGACAGGUGGUAUAUAUCGUGUCUGCUAUUCCUUCCAUUCCUCAUACAGCGAGGUGCGCAACGUCGUCACCUAUCUCAAACCUUGCAAGGUCCGUCCCAAUGUCAAACCAGAGCCAGAUCCAUCCUUGGGCGAGGUUCAAAAGAGGCUAAACCAUUUCUUGAAGAUGCAACACGUUGAGCAGAAAUAUGAGACAGUUGACAAAAAGUUUGGUACACUUAAGAAGAGAAAGAAAAGAAAAUAUGCACAAUAUAAAGAUUCGUGUACCAGUGAUUCAGACGAGUUGGUAUUUGGAUCUCCAGACCUGAAGCGCAUGAGGAGUGAAGAAGGUAACAUUACCCCUGUGAAGAACCAAAGAGGAGCUGGUCCAGUAGGGGACAGGGAGAGGGUGGCUGUGCCCCCAAUGUCCCCACAGGAACCUGUCACCCCAAUGAAGAGUGAUAUUUCUGAUAUACAGAGCUCCUAUGCUGGCAGUAACCAUGAUGAUAUUGAGAUGAGUGAGAGUGGGCUGCUAUGUGACUCUGGUGAUGACCAGGAAGAAAUCAGAGGUUUCCAAGGAGAUGACCUUUCAACCCCUCCACAGAGUUUACUAGAUGCCAUAGAUUCUGAAUGUGGCUCACAAGAAAUGAAAUCUUGUAGAGUUACCUUCCUUGAAGAUGAGGAGCAGACAGUUGGACAGCAGGCAUGGGACUCACCUGAUGUUCCAGACUUUGGUGAGGAAGAAACUAACGCAAAAACAGAGAUGGGAGAUGAAUUGAUAUCAGGAGAUGAAAGCAUCCAAAAGAAUGUGGUGGAUGCUGACAUUGUUGGUAAUAAGUCUAGUCAAAAUAAGGACAUCAGUGUCAAAAAUGGUGUAAAAGCUUUAAAUGCAGAUUCUGAUGACAGUGUGAAAUGUCAAGGUUAUCAAGGAGAUGUUGAUAGUUCACAAGAACAGACAAAUACAACUCAAAAGUGUUUGGAGAACAACAUUUGUGAUUUGGAAAAGGUCAAGAAUGUUAAUCAUUGUAAAGAAACAGGCUGUACUGUAGCUCAGGACGCCAAAGAAAAACAGGAGAAAGAAGUUGGUUCAGAAAGAAAGUCUCCAGACAUCUGUCAUUUAGAUGAUGAACUGCUGGAGGAGGAAUCAAAUAACAGUAUUAGCAUUAGCAAAAAAGACAUUUCUUUGGAUUCUGGUGGAAAUUUCGUUUCAGAGGUUGACCAUAAUCAGAAAGAAAAGUCCUGUUCUGAGUGUAAUAAAAACAAAAUAUUAAACAUGUCACAAAAUAGCUCGGAGACUUUUGAAACAGUGUGUUUUGUAUCAAAACAACAGUCGAAAGAUACAAUAUCUAGUAGUUCUGAAGAAUGGAAGAAAAAUGGCAGCCAUGAUUUGUUUGAAGAUAGUAACGAUGGAUUCAUUGAAGGUGAGAUGGAGGGAGGGGAUUGUCAAAGAUUGAUUAUAACUAGUAGUCGGAGCACAUCAGGAAAAGAAAGCAACAGUGAUUGUGAGAGUGGAAAUAGAGAAAAUUUUGACUGUAAUAGUAGUGAAAGGAAAUCAUUGAAGGACAAACAGGAAAACAAACCUGGUACAGAAGCACAAGGAUGUGAAGAUUCGGAAAAACAGAAUUUGAGCCGGGAGAAAUCUGAAGCAAUUGAAGUUACAGACUUGACACAAAACUGCGAUGAACAACCUAAUGUGAGACACAGAGACACACAUGUAUGCAAAAUAGUAAAAGGUCAGAAACAUCAGAGUGUUAACAAGAAAGAUUUACACCGACUGUCAUCCUGUGACACCCCUGGAACCUCGCGCAGUGUGUGUCAGUGUGUUCUUGAUGCUAGUCCACAACCAGACACAAUCCUUGUGGAGAUUCAAGAAGAUAACCAAGGAGAACAAAAUGUCAAACAAAGCAGGUUGCAGAUUAAAAGAUCUCCGCAAAAGCCCCUGUCGAAAUUACUCACCAACACACAAACAAAUGAUCUUGUUAUAGCUAUUUUAGAUUCUGAUUCCGAAUCUGAUGAACUGGAAUCUAGUGUUCAUAAGACAAGUGAUGUCCAUUGUUAUGAGUCGGACAGUGACAUGACCUUACCCCCAAGUCAGGAGGUUCGUAACGUCACGAAGGUCACGGAAGUGUGUAAUUCACCAGAUAGUAAAGAUGAGGAUGUGAUGAUUAUAGAUGAUGACACAGAGGAUGAUUCUGAUGACAGCUCGUCGGUUUCGUCAACUAGCAGUGAUGAUAGUGUGAAGAAUAUUAACCCAAGGUCAAGGCUGGACAAAAUCCAGCAAGCAUUGUACAUCAGAAAUAACGAGACAAGGACAGGAGAUAUCCUAGGAGAUAAUACUGCAGACAGUGACAAGCUUUCUAAUGAUAGUGAAUGUGCUGUGAUCGACCUCACUCUAAGUGAUAGUGAGGAAGAUAGCCAGUCUGACGAAAUGUCUCGCCAAGUGUCCCAUGUGCUGGAUGAGUCUUAAGUAGAUGUGAAUAUUGAUAAGCUUAGAUCUAUUCCUUAACAGUGUCAUUACUGUAAUGUUUAUGAUAGAACUGGUAUCAAAGUUCAAUUCAUUUGUUGUAACAGUUUUUGUAAUGUCUUCAGAGGGAUGUUUUAUAUAUUUAUGGAAUUGAGAAAAAUAAGUUCCCACAUCAAGUUUCUCAUAUUUGAUAAUUUUGGGAAAAAACAUCUGUAUUAUACAUAUAUCUUUUAUCCAACCAUCACUAGAUGAUGGCCCCUUCAUUUUUGACAUUAUUCUCUCAAGAGCUACACUAUAGGGAUUUUCUUGAAACAUCACUCACAUGUUUGGGAUGGGUUCUAGCUGUGCUUUCUGCCAGUGGCCAUCUUGGAUUUUGACUUUGAAAUUUCAAAUAUUUCAUAAGAAUUACCAAGAGGAUAUUCUGUAUCAAUAUGUUAAGUGUGGAUCCUAGCUGUAUGUCACUCAGUUCGAGUGUGCAAAAUAUUGAGCAGCCAAUUUGUCCAUCUUAGGUUGGAGAAAAAAGCCACAAUUUUUCAAGAAAUACACAAAAGGCCUUCAUGAAAGUAAGCUUACAAUGCUUUCAGAAUGACUUGAUUUUCAUGACUGCUAUCAGAGGCCAUUUUGGAUUUUUCUCAUGCUUCUUCCACUGUUGAUAUUAUUAUUUAUGGAAUAAGAAUAGAUGAGCAUACCACUGAGCCAGAGUGAAGUUCAUUAAAUGAUGGGCACCAACAUGCCUCUUGGAUCUAUUGUUUUGGGAUAUAUUGUUGACAUGAAUAAAGAACUUAAGUUUUAGCUUUAUGAGGUGAAUUAGACAGCAUUUUACCACAAAAUUUUUACUCUUAGAAAUCUAAGAAAAGUGCAAUGAAAGUGAGUAAUUUUGUGAUAAAUUUCAGUAUCAUAAUGCUUUUCCACAGUGGAUAAUUAUUCUCUACUGUUGUUCUGGGCGUCUGUCAUAUUUAUACUAUAUAUUAUAGAAUAAAAUACUUCUGUAAUAUAAAUUGUAUCGUGAUCCAUUUUUUUGUCACCCUACCCAUAUGGCUAAUAAAUGGAGAUUGUCUUAUUGCUUCUGAAAAUAGUCAGUUUUAAACAUUCUAUUUGAUGUGCUAGCUGCAAUGGAUUUAACCCCACGAUUACAAUAUACAGCAGACUACGAUAAAUAUAGGCCAUGUUUAAUAUAAAAGCAUUUUUCACCAUGCAGAAUGAGUUUCAUUAAGCUAUACACAUAAGUCAUUAGCCUGUAGAUUGUAUCGCUUUUUGGAAAGUUUACCGAGAUGCAAAAAAAAAUCAUAUAGUUUUGAAAGAGUGUAUUACCUUCUGUGAAAUUCAAUAUCGGUCGCAUAUAAAUACUCAAUCUGACAGGCAAUAUUUUUAUUUACAUUAAAACGACUACCAUAUGUACAAUAUAUUUAUAUAUUUAGAUAUACAUGUGUCAUUACAAAUGCACAAGAUCUCGGGUAACAUAUUUAAGACGAAUGAAUUAUAAAAAUGAAAUAUCAAGAUUCUUAACUUUAUCUUAACUGAUAUUCUGAAUAUUACUUGUUUUCUGUUUUCAAUUCCAGUGAUAUAUAUGAUAUGUUUUACAUUUGUUAAAUCUUGUUUGUAGUCCUUUUCAUGGUGUGAUUACAUUCAUCAGUUUGUGCACUUAGAUAUUGUACCCUGUGUAUCUAGUGUAGUAUCAAGAGAUCAGGCGGUAGAGCCAACACCGUUCCUUCUAAUUGAGUGGGUAAGUGGUUUCUACACUCCUCAUUGUAGUAUCCUAUUCAUCAUAUGAAGUGUCAUUGAUAACAAUUCUUUAAGUGAAUUAGUUCUCAAUAAUAUCCCGGGGAAAGUAAUUAACAUCCUCUCAUGGAAACAAUUGAAAUUUUUAAUGUCUUGCUGAAUAUUAAUAUUUUUUACAGUUAAUUUUAAAUUAAAAUAUAAAAUCUUCGUUACUUUCCGAGAUGUAUUUUUUCUAAACUAUCAGCGCAAACAGGUAUAUGUAGAUUGCAAAGAAUAUUAAGAAUUUUUAAUAUUAUAUCAUAUGAAAUUCAUUUACAUUAUACAUGCAAUUGUAUAUAUAUUCUCCAAUCUGUUGGUGAAUCCAUUUAAGAGAGAAAAACAAAAUUUGUAAUGCAGUCAUGAGUCUGAGGAAAUCCCAAAUCAAACAAUUACGAGGAAAUUGAAUUUUUUACAUUUUUAUAAUAUUUUGUUGAAAC